AUGUCCUUUUAUUAUUCCUCACUAGCUGUCAAGAAGAAGCAAAAUGAUAUGAGUGUACAUGAGGCAGUGAAAGCUGGUGAGGUAGAACAGCUUGCGUCAAUGAUAAGAAGUGGAGCCAGAAUUAAUGAGGUGGAUUUAGUCCACAAAUUCACACCGUUGCACUGUGCUGCACACUCUGGAAGUCUGGAGUGCCUUCACUGGUUGCUCUGGCACGGAGCUGAUACAACACACGUAACUGUGAGAGGCUGGACAGCAGCUCACCUUGCGGCUAUCCGAGGUCAGGAUGCUUGCAUGCAGGCUUUGUUAAUAAAUGGAGCAAACGCAGAAGCUCAAGAUGAUCGUGGGUGCACUCCAUCCCACUUGGCUGCAGCCCACGGGCAGUCUUACACCUUACAAACCAUACUGCGAAGUGGAGCGAAUGUGAAUGUUUCAGAUGGGAAUGACUGGAAGCCUGUUCAUUAUGCUGCUUUUCAUGGUCGCUUGGGGUGUUUGCAGCUUCUUGUUAGGUGGGGUGCCUGUAUAGAUGAUGUGGAUAACAAUGGAAACCUUCCAGCUCAUCUGGCAGCAAUGGAAGGACACUUGCAUUGCUUUAAGUUCUUGGUCAGUAAAAUGGCUAGUGUCAUGCACACACUGAAAGCCAGGAAUGACCAAGGAGAGACUCCAAGGGACUUGGCUGAACGGUUCUAUAAAGAUAAUAUUCUGCAAUAUAUUGACAGUGUGGAAAAAGAGGAGGAGGAUCCAGAGGCACAGGAAGUUUUAGCUUUCCCAGCCCAUGUCGCUGCUUUCAAAGGGGACUUGCUAAUGCUUAGAAGAUUAGUGAGAAGUGGAGUAAUCAAUAUUAAUGAGCGGGAUGAUAAGGGAUCCACUCUCAUGCACAAAGCGGCUGGACAGGGGCAUAUCCAUUGCUUGCAGUGGUUGAUUGAAAUGGGAGCUGACUGUGACAUUACAAAUGAUGAUGGAGAGACUCCAAAGGAUGUAGCCAAGAGAUUUGCCCAGCUGGCGGCUGUGGAACUUUUCACACAAAGAACUGGAGACAGUAACUCUAGUGAUGAAGAACUAGAUGCAAACAACAUUAAGUUUUUUGAAAGACAUGGUGUGGAAGGGAGUACAGAUAGCAAAGAAGACUUAACCCUGGAUAAAGCAGAGAAAAGGAAUGCACGCAUAAGGGCCUAUCGCAAGAUUCAAGAACUUCAGCAACUACUAGAAAUUGCCUACAGCAACUACAGACAGCUGGGAGGAAUAACUGAAGAGGAGAAGAAGAUGAAAAAAGAAGAGAGGGAAGUUGAGAAGGCUGUGAGGGAGCUGGAGGCCCAGCUGGAAUACGAGCGAGUCAGGCGGGAGAAGCUGGAGAGCCAGCUGGACGACUACCGUGCUGAGAUAAGGCACCUUAGAGAGAGCCUGGAGAAAACCCGCGUCCCCCCUGCUCCCGGCCCGGAAGCUGAGACCAUCUCCAAGUCUUGCAAAGAAAAAAAGAAAGUAAAGAAGCAAGCAGCCUGCAGCCCUGCAGGAGUGUUUGUGAGGCUGCGCUGAGGGAGGAACCCGACGAGGGGCCGCCCACCGAGGAGGUAGAACAUGCUGGACAAUGCAAAGUUUGCGUAGCCCAGCUCCCCAGAUGAGCUGUGGCCCACUGAAUUUCACUGAACUAUUGUUUUAGUUCUCUGGGAUAGAAAAUAUUAUAAAUCAAAGCAGUAGCACCUCUAUUAGAAAAAUAAGUAAGACUUCUCUUUCUAUCUAGGUGGUAGCUUAGCAACAGUGUUGCAAAUCACAACAUAAGAUUUCAAGUUAACUACAGCCCUGUCAGAGGUCCUACUAGGUCUGAGCAAACUAUCUCCAUCUGGUUUGUACUACUGCCUUAAAAAUCAUAAUAAAAAAAAGAGAUAAAAAAGCACCUUGCCUCCUAAAAAGUCAGAAAGGACCUUCAGUGUGGAACCACAGUACAAAGUCUGGGAGAAGUACUCGCUCGGCUGCAGACGAGUGCCAGGCCCCUCACCUCUCAUUUUCAAGUCAUUCCUGAAUGAGCCAGGAGGAUAUUCCUUCCAUGAGGUGCCAGAUGAACUGCAGUGGAAAGCCUCUAACUCAGGGCUGAAGAGUUCACUCUGUUCUGGGGCGUGCUGUGGUUAGAAAUGGCAAUCCUGACCUCUCCUCCAUGCCCAAAAGUCAUUUCAUGACUUCACAUACAGAUUUUUUUCUCUCAUCUCUGUGCUAUUGUGAAAUUAUUUUCCCUCUGAAACCCUCAUGAUGCAUAUUUUAAGCUUUGAUUCCAGUAAGAAAUCCUUGCACUAUAAGGUUAAUUUGCAUGGGCGUGGAUCCUGAUCUACCCUCUCCUUCGGUACCAAAGGAAACAAUUUCAAAGGUACUGAUAAAUCAUUUUUGUGGGCACAGGCUGGGGAGAGGCACGCUGAGUUACAGCAUAAGGCUUGUGUCAGAGUAGAGAGGAGAAAUUCAGCCUCUAGAACCCACUUCUGCAUGUAGGGGAUGACAGUGGUGAGAAGCUGCUACUGCAGCUAUUUCCUACAGCACCGCUGGUGCUAAAUUCUCAUGCAGGAACAGCACAGGCGAUCAAUCUGAGUCAUUUUGUGUCCAGAGAAGGGCAACAAAGCUGGGGAAGGGUCUGGAGAACAAGUCUUAUGAGGAGAGGCUGAGGGAGCUGGGGGUGUUUAGCCUGGAGAAGAGGAGGCUGAGGGGAGACCUUAUCGCUCUCUACAACUACCUGAAAGGAGGCUGUAGUGAGGUGGGGGUCGGCCUCUUCUCCCAGGUCUCUAGCAAUAGGACGAGAGGGAAUGGCCUCAAGCUGCAUCAGGGGAGGUUUAAAUUAGAGAUUAGACAAAAUUCCUUUACGGAAAGAGUGGUCAGACAUUGGAACAGGCUGCCCAGAGAGGUGGGGGAGUCGCCAUCCCUGCAGGUAUUUAAAAGAUUUAGGGUCAUUGUUUAACCCAAUUCUGCCGAGUUGGGCUAACAGUUGGACACGAUGAUCUUUAAGGCCUUCUCCAACAUAAACGAUUCUACAAUUCAGGGAACCUCAGAAAUGUGUAUGCUAUAAACAAAGAUGGAUUUGUACACACAACAGUUACAGACAGAGGUGGCUGCCGGGCACCUGCCCGGAUCCUUGCUGCCAGCACCCG